AACUAUUAUUAUGGGUGUAACAGAACUACCAUUCGAAAUUCUUACGAGAAUUUCUGAUCAUCUAUCGAAAGAUGACAAGCUGUCUUGUGCUCUUACGUGCAAAACAUGGAGAUAUCCGUUUCAAAAAGCUAUGUGGAAAAACAUACGAUUUUACUCCCAUGCCGACGUAAAAACACUUAUCAACAUUGUGAAAUCUCCCCAAAACUUAUACACAUCAUACGGCUCCUGGGUUCACAGUCUACGAAUAAGCUGCUAUUACAAGGCGACAGAUAUAUCAGAUAUAAAAUUUUCUGGCCUAUUCAAAUUCCUGCCAAACAUAAAGAGCCUGAACCUAGGGAAUAUAAGCUAUGAGGAUAUUGGCACAGGGAUAGCAAGAUCAGACAAAAUAUGGAAGUUUCUGGAAAAUUUGAAAAUAAAUUACAAAGGAACCAGCGAGAAGAAGCCAGCAAAACCCCUCUUCGAACUUAUAAAUGCAUGUAGCAUGCUCCGGAAAUUGGAAAUAUAUGAUGGAGGAUGGCUUUAUCGCGCGGAGUUUAGUGUGAACGACUUUGACAGAAUGCACCAACACCUGAAAAACCUAUCGUCUAUUAAUGCUGGAAUAUAUCUAAGUUCCGACUUUUCGGCUAUGCUUGACGCGAUCCCAAAUACGACACCAGCCCUUUCCGUGACAUCCCUGGAUUUAGAUUCGAAACAAUACGAAGAUGAAUGCGAUGAGUUCAAUGAAAGCCGAAAUGACUGGAACCCUUUGUGGCUAUACUACUUUGGAUACAAAUAUCCAAACUUGCGUUCCCUAAAUAUACAAGCCUUGGACAUACGUGGGGACAAGAUAAACUCGGACCAAAGGCAAACAAUGAUAUCUCUUUUUCGAUCCAAUCCAAAUGCAUUUCGACACCUGGAAAAGUUCAGUAUUACAACAGACAGAUAUUUUGAGUCUUCUGAUCUUGUUUUAUGGGAAUUGCUUUGUUCAGUAAAGGUUCCUCUUAAAAAAUUAUCGAUACAUGCAACAUCCAAUGGCAAAGUAGACCGUUCAAGCCCAAUGAAUGUUGACAGAAUUUUACAGGCCUUUUCCGAAACACUCGAGAGUCUUUCGCUUUCAGGGUUUAUAUAUAGCAGUGAUGGCCAAAAUUCGAUAAUCAAACUAUCUUCUUACUAUCCGGUUUUGACGAACCUUUCAAUCAAUGGCGGCAACGUAUCUCUUAAUCUGGAUGAUCUAUUGGACAUGUGUGUGGCUCUCAAAACACUGCAAUAUUGUGGCGGAAACUUGCUCAUUGGAUCUAGCACUGUAACCAGGAAGUCAAAGCAUCGGCAGCAUGGGUUAAUUACUUUGUCGUUAGAGAAGUGCUACACAGCUUCCAGAAUAUUUAGCCACAUAUCUUUCAGGUGUAGAAGUUUGAAGCGUAUUACUUUCGAUACUUUGAAUAUCACGGGAUCUAUUUCUGAUAAAACUGGAUGUUUGUUAAUUGAGAUGCCACAUACUUUCUUGAAGAUCCUACAAAUUGCCAGGAUUCAAUACGCCACAUCAUACCAAGAAAUGGAUGGAGAAGAUGCUAUCAAUCUUACACUCCUGACUCAAUUAAACGAAGCUCCAUUACCAGACAAAAAGACCGGAAGAAAGAAAAAUAAAGUAAAUUCAAAGAAAAAAGUCGCAGAAUCUCACAAUCGUGAAUGGCUCUACACGUACGAUGUUCGCGAGUUUUGGACGGUACUUGGCCGCGACACUGCACAAGUUUAUGAUGAAGAAGAAAUCGAAUUUAUAGAUGAAUAUUACCGAGAUUUUCGUGCGAGCGCAAGCAGCACAACUUCAAAAGAUUAUAUGUUCUAUAAUGAAGAGAGAGAUGAACAAGGUUGGAUACACGAACUUGACAGAGGAUACGGCAAAUUUGUAUUUGGCAACAUUAAAGGUGUUGAGAUUAUAUAAAUACCAAGCUAUAGUUUGUUUUGGAGAAUAUACUGUAUACUAGCUUCUCUCUCUCAAAAGAAGAUAAAGUGAAGUAAAAAUACACUUGUACAAAUAAUAAAAUAUGAGUUUUUAUUAUGAUUGUAAUAAG